AUGACUGUUGCAAGCGAUGUCUAUAAUCUCAGCGAGACCUAUGCUGAAGAGCCAAGGCCAGCCAAGUGUAUUGUUAUUGGCGCAGGCGUGUCUGGUAUUUGUUUCACUUAUAAAGCCAAACAGAUAAUGGAGAACUUUGAUUUUGUCAUCUAUGAAAAAAAUCCUGAAGUUGGUGGUACUUGGUACGAAUCCAGAUACCCAGGAUGUUCAUGCGAUAUACCCUCUCACAGCUACACAUACUCAUGGACGGCCAACCCUAACUGGUCAAGACUGUAUGUGGGUUCUGAGGAGAUCUUUGACUAUUUCCAGGGCCUUGCUGAAAAGUAUGGCGUAUAUGAGAAGACUAAAUUUGAAACCAUGGUAAUUGGUGCCAAAUGGCUAUCAGACAGAGAUCAAUGGGAGGUGGAAGUCAAGGAUUUAAAGACUGGUACUGUGACUAAAGAUUAUGCCGAAUUCCUAAUGAAUUGUGGUGGUCUCUUGAAUAAUUGGAAAUGGCCUGAUAUUCCAGGAUUCCACGAUUUCAAGGGUACCAAACUGCAUUCUGCUAAAUGGGACAAAAGUGUUGAUGUUACAAAUAAGAGAGUGGCGGUAAUUGGAUCAGGUUCUUCUGCUAUUCAAAUUGUACCGAGCAUUCAACCUAGUGUGUCUCACUUGGUCAGUUUUAAUAGGUCUCCAAACUGGGUCACAGAAGAAUUUUCUAGUGAGCUGGCUUUCAACGGAAGAGAGACAACCUACGACGAAGAAACCAGAAAGAAAUGGGCUGAAAACCGUGAAGAGUUCUUGAAAUGGCGUCGUCGUGUUGAAGACACUGUCAAUCGUGGUGCUGAGUUGUCUCUAAAAGGUAGUGAGUUGAAUGAAGAAGUCACGUCAAAGGCUCGUGAGCUCAUGGAAAAAAGAUUGGACUACGAUCCAGUGCUCUGCAAGGCUCUAAUUCCCGAAUUCCCUGUAGGAUGCAAACGAAUAACUCCAGGUUAUCUUUACUUGGAAUCGUUAGUUGAGAAGAAUGUCGAAGUUGUAUCAGUUGGAAUAAAACAUGUCACUGAAAAUGGUAUCGUUGAUAACAAUGGAAAACUACAUGAACUCGAUAUCAUUGUUGCUGCUACCGGUUUCGAUACUACUUUUACACCCAGAUUCCCUAUAAUUGGACUAGACGGAAUCGACUUGAGAGACAAAUGGACCAAAGGCCCUGCUGCUGCGUACAUGUCAGUAGCUGUUCCACAACUACCUAACUAUUUCAUGACUGCAGGCCCCAACUCUCCUAUUAGUAACGGAUCCCUGAUUGGAACUUUUGAGACACAAAUCGGCUAUGCUAUGAAGUUGAUGCAAAAGGUUCAAAAGCAGGGCAUCAGAUACAUGGUUCCCAAGGAAGACGCUACUCGCGAGUUCAAUUACCACAAAGACGUGGCCAUGCAACGCUAUACCUACAGCUCCAACUGUACCAGUUGGUAUAAGAGCAGCAAACCUGGAGCUCCUAUCUCGGGACCGUGGCCAGGCUCAUCCAUCCACUUCAGACAAAUAAUGCAGACACCCCGCUACGAGGACUAUGACUACGCCUACCAAACUGACAACCGGUUCCAAUAUCUUGGAAUUGGACGAUCGCGAAGAGAAUAUGAAGGCAAGGACCUGGGUUGGUAUGUCGCCUUUGACGAAUAA